ACAGCUUCGUCUGUCAACCCACCACACUACCACAACAAUGAGGGUGCUAGCCGUCGCCGUCCUGCUGUUCGCCGCCACCGUCUCCGCGCGCCCGGAGGCGCCCUCUAACCAGUACGGCGCACCGUCGGGGGCCUCCUCCGCCCCCGCCGCCUCCGCCUCCGGGCCCUACCCGCCUUCGGGGUGGAGGCCAGCGGGCCGGCAGUUCGUGCUGCCGUCGCGCCAGUCCGCCGCCGUUUACCCGCCGCCCCAGCAGUACGGUCCGCCGCCCACCACCACGGAAGCGGCUGAAGCCACCACCACGGAACAGCCCACGACGACAGCGUCCGUCCCAGCGGUGGUGCCGGCUGGGUCGCGGUCGGCAGCGCAGCGCGAGCCCCUGGAGAGCAACGACGCCGGCGUCUACUACGUGCUCUUGCCCGACGGCCGUCUGCAGCGCGUCUCGUACGCGCACGGCCCCGCGCCCGCCAUGUUCUCGCUGCUGCCGGAGCGCCUGACGCAGGGCGGAGCAGCUGCCGGCGCCGCCGUGGCCGACGCGGGCUACCUGGCGCGCAUCCACUACCAGAACCUGCUUCCCGUGGGAGCGCCCGUCUACACGUACGCCACGCCGGAGCUCGUGCGCGUCUUCUGAGACACUCUCCGCUGGCAUUCCGCUCUUCGACGGCAAUGCCUCCCGGAUGACACGUCGACCGACUGAACACCGAGAACCAAACGCUCCGGAAAUGUAAUGGCUUACAACUUCGUGACAAUGUAUCUAUAUUCGUGUGGAACUAAUAAAAAAAAUACCC